AAAAAAACCUUUUUAUAAUUGUUUAUAAGUUGUUUAUAAAUUGCGUAUUUAUAUUUUGCUAUAUAUUGCUGUAUACAAUAUAUUGCUAUGUAUUUUCUUAUUCUUGUCCUCAACAAUCUAAAACUACUCAAAAUAUUCAAUAAAUGUAAUUUUUCACAUUACAAAGCAACUCAGGAAUUUAGGCAGUGUUUGCCCUCUAAAACUUUCUCUAGCUCUGUGUAAAUAAAGGUGAUCAAUAAAGCAAUGUAUCAUGUCAGAGUGUUCCUGAACAGCAGUGGGGUGUAAAGUCCAAGAUUCCACAUUUUAGCUGACAACUCUAUUGGGAUCAGAACUUACAGAAAUGAUUAUGCUAAUCCACAAGGGAAAUAAUAUGUUAUCACUACUUCUGACAUGGGCGAUACUUGUGCACACUGGAGAAGGGAUUGCAUAUAAUCAUAGCAAAAGAUCUGUUGUUGAAGCUCCUAUGGAGGUUACCCUCUUCAGUGCAACUCUGUUUGCGACCUGUGAACUCAUGCCUGACCCCAAUCUUCCCACUGGCCAACCUAAAAUAUAUGGACAAGUUCUCUUCAAACAAACCUUCCCGGCAGGUAUACUGCAAGUGUUGGUCAAUGUUCAUGGCCUGCCCACUGAUGACCAACAGAAACGAGCAAUUCAUGUCCAUCAGUAUGGAGACCUGAGCCAAGGAUUCAUCACUGUUGGUCCACACUACAAUCCCCUAGGGGUAGACCAUCCUGCACACCCUGGUGAUUUUGGCAACUAUGUGGCCAUCAAUGGAACUAUAAGGCAAAAUCUAAACAUGGAAGAGGGCACCCUUUUUGGAGGUCAGUCUAUUUUGGGACGUGCUGUUGUGAUCCAUGAGAAGGAGGAUGAUUUAGGAUUAGGGCCAAAUGAAGAGAGCAAACGAAGCGGGAAUGCAGGAAGAAGGAUCGCUGGAUGUGUCAUUGGCAUUUCUCCUCCUAGCCUGUGGGAGAAACUCACCAUGGAGGUGGAGGAAGGGAAGAGUGAUAAGAGCAGAACAUCAACCAUAGGAAAGGAACUGUGAGAUACAAAUUAAGAGAAGACACAUUACAUACUGAUUUGUUCUGAGCAUAAUAAAUACAGCCUAACUUUGUUUUACAAACACAAAUGCCAUUAUCAUGGAGAAGUCAUGAUAAUCUUAAUAUCUCUUGAUUAUCUCUUGAUGUGAAUCAAAUGUGUAUGUGAUUGUGUGCCCUGCGAUGGACUGGCACCCUGUCCAGGGUGUACCCCACCUUGUGCCCGAUGCUCCCUGGGAUAGGCUCCAGGCUCCCCCGCGACCCUGAAAAGGAGUAAGCGGUUGAAGAUGGAUGGAUGGAUGGAUAAUGUGAAUCAUUUGACCAUACAUAAAGAAAUAGAUCAGCAUUUUGGGAAGAGAUGAUGCCUGAGUAUUUCUCCAACAGCAUUUAAAUAUUGACAUGACAUUAUAUAAGAAAGAUGUAAACGCACAAUAAUCCAACUUUGACACAUUUUCAGCAUAGACAUUUCAAACCAGAGCACUUAAAGUAUUUCACAUCUAAUUCAUAGUACAUAAUAUACAAAAAGACACAUGUAUAACCAAAUAGCUAUAGUAAACUUCCCAAAACUCAUACAUAACAAUACCAUGUUUCAAUUCAUGAGGUUACUACAACAAUGGAUAUAUUUCAUAACAUUAAGUGGUACAUUUGUGAAUGUGUGAACUACACAUGGAGUUUAACAGGAGCAUGUAAACUAUCUAAGAAAAUAUAAGGUGAAGAUGUCAGCCUAUAAGAACUCAGCAGACAGCAGAGGCCCAUAAGAUUUAUGAUGUAUCCAGCAACCAUGGACCCAUACACCACCUCAGAUCUCAGUUUAGAAACAAAUCAAAUGGACAAUAAAUUAAGGCAUAAAACUCAAUGUUCUAAGUGCUUCUUCAUAAGGUCUCUUUGGGAACAUUUUCCAUGUGGGCAGCGCAACAAACAAUAACCGGAUCCAGUAAACAAUCUAAGAAAGAAUAUGAGAAGUCGACAUCAAUUAUGUGUGUGGCCAGGGUCAAGCUGACUGGAUUGGAGUGAUCAGUCAUGUAACUUCAUUAUUUAAACAGUAAGUCAUGGUUGAAACACUAGAUACUGGCAUAUUGAAAAUUUAUACUGCAUUAAACUGUAUUUCAGACACUACCAGUCACGUUUGGACAGACUAGAUUGAGUGCAUGGUUUUCAUUGUCUUAAAGGCAGUUUGAUAAAGAUAUAGAUAGAGAUUAGUUUCUAAGACAAAUGUAAAUAAUUCAAUUCAUCUAUGUUAGACUUAUUUAGGAAUCAAAAUGUAUUUUAUAAAUGUAAGUUAUAUGAAACUGAGGAGAAGCAGUCAACAAGUGUCAGCCUAUUUGGAAACGUUCCUCAUGAGGGUGGUUGAGGAGAUUCCGAGAGUGGGCAAAGCUUCCUCAGGAAUACUGUUAUGAAUUUAAAAUAUUGAUUUAUUUAACACUUUUCUUGCUCACGGCAAAAUUUCAUGUCUCACUGUAUAGUGUAUGCUGUAUAUAGUGUAUAAUGGAAAUAGCAAAAAAAAAAAAAAAAAAAACCCAAAAAACAAGCAUCUAUGAGCAGAUGUAUCUAAACAAUCUGGUAGUAUAAU